AGAUUUGGCUUCUGUGCAACUAGCAGGAACUCCAAAUAGAUGGGAGGUCUUGUCUGCAGCUCCUGCCACUAUAAAGGAUGAAGCUGGUAAUAUAGUACAGAUUCCAGGUGCUGCCACAGUAACUUCAAGUGGGCAGUAUGUCCUUCCUAUUCAGAGUUUGCAAAAUCAACAAAUCUUUUCUGUUGCACCAGGAUCAGAUUCGUCGAAUGGUACAGUGUCUAACGUACAAUACCAAGUAAUACCCCAGAUCCAGACAGCGGAUGGUCAGCAGGUUCAACUUGGCUUUGCAGCCUCUUCAGAUAAUAGCAGUAUAAAUCAAGAAACUGGUCAAAUUCAGAUCAUUCCUGGCUCUAAUCAAACCAUCAUUGCCUCUGGAACACCUUCAACUAAUAUUCAGAAUAUCUUAUCACAGUCUGGUCAAGUCCAGGUUCAGGGAGUUGCAAUUGGUGGUUCGUCUUUCCCUGGCCAAGCACAAGUAGUUGCUAACGUCCCUCUUGGACUGCCAGGAAAUAUUACUUUUGUACCCAUCAAUAGUGUUGAUCUAGACUCUCUGGGACUUGGCAGUGGUUCUCAAACCAUGACAGCAGGCAUUAAUGCAGACGGGCACUUGAUAAAUACUGGACAGGCCAUGGAUAGUUCAGAUGCUUCUGAAAGGACUGGGGAGCAAGUUUCUCCUGAAAUUACAGAAACCACCGCUGAUAAUGACUUAUUUGUGCCAACGUCAUCUUCAUCACAAUUGCCCGUUACCAUAGACAGUUCAAGUAUAUUGGAACAAAAUGCAAACAACUUGACCACAACUAGUGGUCAAGUUCAUAGUUCUGAUCUUCAGGGAAAUUACAUCCAGACAACAGUCUCUGAUGACACACAGGCCCAGAAUAUUCAGGUCUCCACAGCACAGCCAAUUGUCCAACACAUACAGCUUCAAGAGUCUCAGCAGCCAACCAGCCAAGCCCAGAUAGUACAAGGUAUUGCGCAACAGACAAUCCACGGUGUGCAAGCAAGUCAAAGUAUAUCUCAGCAGGCUCUUCAAAAUCUUCAACUGCAGCUGAAUCCUGGAACUUUUUUAAUUCAGGCACAAACAGUGACCCCUUCUGGGCAGAUAACCUGGCAGACAUUUCAAGUGCAAGGAGUUCAGAACUUGCAGAACUUACAAAUUCAGAAUGCACCUGGUCAACAAAUAACUCUAACGCCUGUGCAGACUCUCACUCUUGGUCAAGUUGCAGCAGGUGGGGCAUUGACGUCAACUCCAGUUAGUCUAAGCACUGCUCAGUUGCCAAAUCUACAGACUGUUACAGUAAACUCUAUAGAUUCUGCUGGCAUUCAGCUGCAUCAAGGAGAAAAUGCUGGCAGUCCUGCAGAUAUUAGGAUUAAAGAAGAGGAGCCUGAUCCAGAAGAGUGGCAGCUCAGUGGUGAUUCUACACUGAAUACCAAUGAUCUAACACAUUUGAGAGUACAGGUGGUAGAUGAGGAAGGGGACCAACCACAUCAAGAGGGAAAAAGACUGCGACGAGUAGCUUGCACAUGCCCCAACUGCAAAGAAGGUGGUGGAAGAGGCUCCAACUUGGGAAAAAAGAAGCAACACAUUUGUCACAUACCAGGGUGCGGCAAAGUAUAUGGGAAAACCUCCCACUUGAGAGCUCACCUCCGCUGGCAUUCUGGAGAGCGCCCGUUCGUUUGCAACUGGAUGUUCUGUGGCAAAAGGUUCACUCGCAGCGACGAGCUUCAGCGGCACCGAAGAACACACACAGGUGAGAAGAAAUUUGUCUGUCCAGAAUGUUCAAAACGCUUUAUGAGAAGUGACCACCUUGCCAAACACAUUAAAACACAUCAGAAUAAAAAAGGUAUUCACUCUAGCAGUACAGUGCUGGCAUCAGUAGAAGCAACACCGGAUGAUACUUUGAUUACUGCAGGAGGAACAACACUUAUCCUUGCAAAUAUCCAACAAGGUUCUGUUUCAGGAAUAGGAACUGUUAAUACGUCUGGCACCAGCAAUCAGGAUAUUCUUACCAACACUGAAAUACCUUUACAGCUUGUCACAGUUUCGGGAAACGAGACAAUGGAGUAAAUAUUACACAAGAUACCUAUUAAUUGUGGUUAUUUUUAUACAGUAGUGAGAAGAAUAUUGUUCCUAAGUUCUUAGAUAUCUUUUUAUUGAUGUGCAAAAAUUUUUGGAUUGACAGUAACUUGGUUAUACAUGACACUGAAAUGCCUUACUUUGUAUGAUAUUCCAUAGUAUAUUAAAAUGGUAAAAUUGCAUGGGUUUUGUAGGUACUUUUGGAAUCUAGAAGAGAUGAAAUUUUACCAAGUUAUAUUAAAAAAAAAAAAAAAAAAAGAAUUUAAUGAUGGAAAUGGUAGUCUAACCAAAUGCAUCAAUCCUGUGUGGUUUAGUGUAAAAAAAUGAGAACAUGUUGGUAUUUAUCUAUUGUAAGAUAAAAGAAGUUGAUGAGUGAAAAGAAAUCAUGUUAUGAUAAAAGAAAUUUUGUAAUUUUCUUGAUGACUGGAAUUUUUAUUAUGCAUAACUGACAAAUCAAGUUUCCAAGCAAAUGUUACAUAGUGUAGGCUUUACUUAGCUCAUCAACUUGUCAUUUUGAAGCUAAUUAUUUUAAUUAGGUUAACGAUGUACAAUAUUUUAAGCAUUACUCUUGUAAAAUUUUGAAAACUACAUUUUAACAUGGAACUCUAGGGAUAGUCACCUUUUAAAUCCUAUUGAAAAGCCAUGUUUAAGAUUUAAUUUGCCAAAAUGAUGUCUUGUUAAUACUCUUUCAGUAACCAAGGUGGGCAAUAUAACCAAUGUUUAAAAAGCUUAAAAUGUUAAAAAAAAAAAAAAAAAAAAAAAAAAAAGGUAGGAAAAAAAAAAAAAAAAAAAAAAAAAAAUAGGUUGAGGCAUUUGGGUGGUAAGGCAAAUGUUAUAGUGAAGUAUAUCCCUUCUUUUGAACAUUGGAGGACCAAAAAUAAGGUGUAUUGCGUCUCAGCAGUGAUUUUUAUCAAAUAUUUUUCCAAAAUACAUCUGUCUGCCAGGGCCUUAAAAGCCAUCAUGUAAAUUACCAGUAAAAUAUAACAUAUGCAAGUACAACAGAAAAAUCACUUCCAUAUUGACAGUACUCUCAAACAUAUGGAUAUAGUCAUAGUGAAAUAGGGGGUUUAUGAGGUUUUUAUUUGUUUGUUGUUUAGUUUUUGGUUAGUCAAUCUGCAUUUAAAUAUCAGCCAUCUUUCCUUUUUUGCUUCUUCCCUUAAAAAUUGUAUGUAUCCAGUACAUUUAACUGAUAAACAUAUAUGUUUUUUAUUAUGCUGAAUUUUCUUUUUAUUUUUUAAUUACUGUUUAUAUUUUCAAUUAUAGAAAAAUGUACAAAAUGAAGAUAUAUAGCCAGUCUGUAAGUGCUAUACCAUUUUCAAAAAAUGUACAACAAUAAUUACUGCAGUUCACCUAUUUACAAACAUUUGGAAAUCUGUUCAUUUGUUAAUUCUUAAAACCACCUCAAAUUUAAAGGCUACCUUAUUGUACGUUUAAAGUGUAUUAUAACAGUGUGGUAGUUAAUAAAACACUAUUUUUUUUUUUUUU